AUGACGACUAGUCUUGCUACAGUCGCAGUCAUCUCAAUCGGCCAGAUGGGCCUUGGAGUCGCAUCCCUGCUGCUCGCGCACGACUUCCGCGUCAUCACAAACGUAUCGGACCGCAGCGCCGCGACUCAGGAGCGCGCAACGUCUGCGGGAAUACAGCUGCUAUCCUCCGACGAAGACGUUGUGCGCGAGGCAGACUACAUCCUCAGCAUCGUGCCGCCCGCAGCCGCCCCCGCCACCGCGCUCCGCUUCGUCCGCGCCCUGACCCGCGCCCCCCGCGACCGCAAGGCGCACGACCUGUGGUUCCUCGACCUCAACGCUGGCUCGCCCGACGCCGCGGUCGCGCUGCAGGAUCUGUUCGCCCGAGACGCGCCGAGCGUGCGCUUCGUAGACGGCGGCAUCAUUGGGGCCCCGCCCGCGCGCAGGGAUGACGGCUCCUGGGCCCGCCCCGGCGUCGCGCUGGCAGGUCCGCACGCGCUGUCCGCGGCGUCUGAGCACGGCGCCCGGCUCGCGGCUGUGCUCGACGCGCGGCAUCUCGGCCCCGCCGUCGGCACCGCGUCCGGGCUGAAGGCGUGCUUCGCCGCGCUGAGCAAGGGUUUCACUGCGCUGGCGCUGCAGUCGUACACCACGGCGGCGAGCCUCGGUGUGCUUCCUGAGCUGAGGCGGUAUCUGGAUGUGUACAAUCCCGGCGCGAGGGAGAAGGCGGAGCGGGGCAUCGUCGGGUGCACGACCAAGGCGUAUCGGUGGGUUGGGGAAAUGCACGGGAUUGGGGACACGUUUGCGGUGCAGGGCAGGUUUGGGGCGCAGGCGAGCGUUUUCAGGGAGAUUGCGGGCGUGUACGAGGGGCUUGCUGAGGUGGUGGAGCGGCAGGGUACGAGUGGACUUGACGAUGCGGAGGCUGUGGUUGGCAAGCUUGGUGAGCACAUGCGACAGCGGCGACGGUCCGUGUGA